AUGAAAAAUUGUACAUCGUGUGUAUCAACAUCAUCGCAAUGUAUUUCAUGUAAAAAUGGAUAUUACUUGGGUGAGAACAACAAGUGCAUUUCUAAUGAAGAAUUAAUUAAAAAAUGUGAGAAAGUUGCAAUAGUCACAAGUGGGUGUUAUCAAUGCAGAGAGGGGUAUUACCGCGUUGGUCUUGACUGUAUUGAAUGUAUAUCAAAUUGCUCUACAUGUAACACAAAUUCGAAGUGUUUGACUUGCAAUUCUACAAAUUAUAAAACACAAGAUGGAGACUGUAUACCACAGAGUUCGUUAAUUGGGUGUCAACUAGAAGUGACACAAAAUGGGUGUUCAAAGUGUCAAAAUGGGUAUUUUACUGUUAAAACAAAUGAAUGUGAGAAGUGUGAUGAUAACUGUGAAACGUGUAGUGUAUCAAAUACCAAAUGUACAUCGUGUCAUUCAAAUUAUAUUUUAAAUAAGAACAAAGAGUGUAUUUCAAUGAAUAAAGUUGACAAUUGUGUUAAAGUGGCAAAUUCCAAAUGCUCCAAAUGUACAUUCUGGCAUGUUCCAAGUGAGAGUGGCACAUUUUGCAAUACAAAAGCGGUGUGGUGGUUCAUUUUAAUUAUUAUAAUAUUUGUUCUGGUUAUCAUAACAAUGUUUGUUGUAUGUAUUUACAUUAUUCUAAUCAAAAUACAAAAAAAUCGCCACAGAAAAGUAAUAGAAAAAACGACCACUGUAUUUACAAUGUCACAUUCGAAUAUUCGUUUUAUUUCUCUCAAUGAUGGCAUAGCUGUGAAUAAAAAGGAAAUUGUUUUUAAUGAUGGAGAUGAGGUGAAUGUCAAUGAGAAACUACGUGAGCUUAUAUGUGUAGGCAACACCACAAAACACAACAUGAAAAUACAAAUUUUGACGAAUACGAGUCAAAAUAAGAAGUUUGAUAUUAUUUCAAAUCCGCAAUUAAUUGUUUUAGGCAAAGGUGAAGCCUGUGAAUUUGAAAUAUUUGUGACUUUGUUUUGUACUUCAAAAAUUCAAAGUUCUUUUCUUCUUGUUGCAACUGCAUUUGACACACAAAAAAUAAUAUACAAAGAAAUUAAUUUCAGUCUAACAGCUCAAUUGUCUACACGACUUGACCCAGACGAAUUAAAAGAAGACAAGAAACUUGGCGAAGGGUCCUUUGGUGUUGUGUACAAAGGGACUUUACGAGGCAAUCUUGUUGCUAUUAAGAAGAUGAAAACAUUCAAUGAAAACAAGUCGCAACUUAUUGAAUUUGAAAAUGAAGUUGAUAUGUUGGACAAAUUCCGAAGUGAAUAUAUCGUCCAUUUCUAUGGCGCCGUAUUUAUACCAAGUAAGAUCUGUAUGGUCACUGAAUUCGCUCAAUUUGGGAGUUUACAAAAUUUAAUUGCAAAUAAGAAGAGUGAACAAAUUAAUAUGCAACUUCGUGUUAAAUUUAUGAGAGAUGGAGCAAAAGGAAUUUUAUAUUUACAUGAAAAUGGGAUAUUACAUAGAGACAUCAAACCGGACAACAUCUUGGUGUUUUCACUUGACUUCAAUGAAGGAGUGAAUGCAAAAUUGACUGAUUUUGGGAGUGCAAGAAAUGUGAAUUUGCUGAUGACUAACAUGACUUUCACUAAAGGUAUUGGAACACCAAAGUAUAUGGCGCCUGAAAUAUUGGAGAGAAGUAAAUAUAAGAAACCAGCAGAUGUCUAUUCGUUUGCUAUAACAAUGUUGGAAUGUUUUGCUUGGGAUAACCCAUUCCCGAAAACAAUAUACUUGUUUGCGUGGUCUAUUGCCGAUGAAAUCUCAGUUGGUAAAAGACCAAAUUUGGUGAAUUUACUGGAUAAACAGUAUCAAGAAGUUAUUGAAAAUGCGUGGAAACAAAAGCCCAAAGAACGUAGUGAAAUAUAUGUGAUCAUCAAACAACUUGAAUCGUUGUAA